CCUCGUGUCGUAUGUCACACAAAAAGUUUUCUUCGGCCGGUGGAAACGCCAAGUCAUUUCCAGCAUACUUUCCAAAGUUUCCGUUCGUGUUUUCGCGUAUGUUUGCGGGAUUUUCCUCCGCAGUGAUCCCUCAGGUUGUGGAAAAUUUCAGUGAUUAAAAGUGUUCCCUGCGUAUAAAGAAAAAAGGCUGGCGUUUUUUUUCAAAAAGUGUUCAGAGUAGUAAAUUCGAGAGGUUUUUUUUGCGCAGUAUCGGCAAAAGUGAGCCUAACCCAAAAUUAAGUGGCCUGCAGUGCAAGUGGCCCCUGGCAUUAUCAAUUAUCUUUUUCUAAGAGCCUUUUUCCCAAUAAGUGCAAUAUCCGUGGUGUUGAACGUGACUUAUUUGACACCGAAGAAAGUGACUCUUGUAUAAAACAUCCUAAAUGGCAUCCUCAUCGAGUGCGGGCAAUUUAAACCAGACGGCCAAAAGUGGUAAUCAGCAAAAUAGGCAGCGCAGCCCAUUCACCAAGGUAAAAACCGAAUCAAAACUGAACGUGUCCGCUCCUCCGUUCGUGCUCCCGGCUCGCAUGUCUUGCUCGGCCAAGGUGCUUCGCAGUGGCGAAAGCAUGCCCGAAAUCGGAUAUAUCGGUCCAACGCAUCUGCCCGUCAACAGUCGCAUCUGGAGCAGCAUUUCAAACUAUCCAUUGGAACAGGCUGUUAGCUAUCGAAGUACGACACCCAAUCAACUUUUCCAGUACUAUCAAAGUCAGAAGCAACUGCAACAACAGCAGCAGCCGCAUCAGCAAGUGGUCCAUCGCAUUCCUUCGGCGCCCCGUUUGACCUCCUAUGACAAUCCAUCGAUUCGCCAGUUCGGACCAACGGUUCUCUCAAACUCGGUCAUUCAAUUACGCCUCAGGGAUGCCGUGGUCAUUGAGAUGACCAUCGAUAAAUCUAUCAAGGUGAUUAACCACCAGGAGCGGGUCACGAUGGCUCUUUCCAGUGCCGGGACAUCGUCGACGCUAAAUCAUCCCAACGGAAUUGUGUUCCAGAAUGGCUCCCGAGUCGAUAUUGUGGCCUAUGAUGGGCGCGGAAAGAAUGAUUACAUUCGUUAUGCAAAAAUGUGGCAGAAAGGAAUAAGCCUGACGAGCGAUGGUUGCGCCCUCAUCUAUCUGGUGGAUGCCGCCGGGACUCGCACGACAUCCGAUAUGAUCAACAUGGACAUAAAAGCGGAUUACAUUUCUCCGAUUUUCUACAACGGAACUCGCAUCGGCAAUCAGUACUAUCAGGAAGCAAAUCAGAUUGCCCAGGCUGCCAACUUUUGGUUGAAUGAUGACGGAACGGAAAUCUUUCACCUGAACGGUUUUCGCAUCCAGCAGACGGUAGACGGUUUGGUGAAGGUGGCUCGGAUGAACAACCGGUGCAACAUCAGGACGAGUCCCACCAAUGGCUCUGCCACGAUUACGACGCCCUACAUUCACUGUACUGCCUCGAUGGGCCAGACGUCGCAUCUUUUUGUACGCCGCGAAGAGCGCCGGAUGCAUUUCGAUGGAACUUCGUUCGUCGUUCGCAAUGCUGGACAUUCCGCUGGAUUCGACGAUCGGAACCGACUCCGGGUGUACUAAGGUGGCGCAAUCCAACUUGAAUACGAUGCAUGAAGUGGUCCUGCGACCGAUUCUGCUGAAUGAUUAAUUGUAUAUUAAUGAAGAGAGAGAGACAGAGAAGAGAAAGCGUAGCACGCAGUUUUCCUUCCAGGGAAGGGAAGAGGCGAGCCGCAUGUGCAUUUGGGGGAGGAAAUCUAGUAGUUGUAGCGUGCUCACAAGUUUUAUCUAUUUAUUUUAUUUUGCUUCGUAGAUUUUACCCAGAUUGUGAACACUUUAUCCUAGGAUUUCUCUAUCCGAGUCUUGUUUCCGCUUUAGCUUGAGAUAGAAGGUAGUUGGGUAGGUAAUCAAUCACCUGCCCCAGAAGAGUGCUAACCAGUUUUCCCGGAAGUGAACGAAACACGAUGCUGCAAGUGCACUUCCUGCAUGUGCGCCAGAGGUUUGCCAGAGAUUGUUUCCAGCUGGGCGGAGCGGAAGAGAUGCAAAUUGUAUUGAAUUAAACCUAAAUUUACCUACGUCGUGUCGUGAACAGAUAAAAUAAUAAUAAGAUACUUGCUGAUGUGUAACGAA